AUGACGGCUGAUCCCGAACCCAUUAAAAGCUGGGCUGAUAUUGUGGAUGAGACUGAAAGAAACAUCAACCAGUCUGCUGAAAUAGAAGACCUGAAGAAAGACGCUCCUGUGAAUGAGACCAAAACAGACCAACAUCAGAAGAACACCAGGAGAGGAACACGCGGCAAGGGUCGAACAAUAAACUAUAUAAAGGACAAAGAAGAGAGACAAAAUGAAGGACAUGAAGAGGAGAACAGCAGAAGAACAUCAGACAGAGGCAUCCGAGUGGGAGCUGCAGGCCAGAGACAUCAACUAGGAUAUGGAAUGAGAAGACGACAGUCUGAGAACAUAGGAACCUGUGGAAGAGCACCGGAAACUGUUCCUCAUCAGCAGAGGAGGGGACAGAGAAAUCAUUGGACACGAGAACAUCUGCAGAAGAGUCUGCAAGCCCCUCCUGAGGAGAAGAGUGCUCCACAGAAAGACAUCAGAAAGAAGGGAGAACAUCUGAGAACAUCUAGACCAGCAGACAACCAGAGAGACAGAGGAGCCCAUUCAGUCAGACAGAGAAUGGAUGAGUCUCACUGGAGAGGAGCUGCCCAGUGCUGGCAGAGAGAGCACAGAGUCCAGAGGAGUGACGCUCCACAACCUCCUUCACACAACGGAGGACGUGUGAGCGAAAGAGGAAGGAGAGGACAUCCCGCUCAGCCUGCACCUUCACGCACUGACAGAAAUGACCGGACCGUGAGAAAACCGCACUGGUGGCAGCACGAUGACCGCUCUGUAGAGUCUGAUGACGGACAGACUGGAGAGAGACACCACCAUAAGAAAUAUAGGAAUGAGAACAGGCAGUGGAAGAGUGGAAGAAGAACCAACACUUCAUACUGACUACUGAAAAAAACCUUUAGAGCAGCCUGAGAAGUAAGUCAGUGGAGACAACAACAAGAAUUUGGAAAAAGGAGAACACAGUCAGAGAACGCAGGAACCUGUGAAAGAGCACCUAAAUCUGAUCCUCAACAGUAGAGGAGGGCACAGAGAAAGGAGGAGAGGAGAGAAAUAUGUUAUCUGAAAGCAGGACAUCUGCAGAAGCAUCACCAAAGCCCUCCUGAGGAAAAGAGUGCUCCACAGAAAGACUGCAGAAAGAUCAGAGAACAAGCAGAUGG